AUGGAUAUGGACGAAGACGAUCCAAUUGUUGGAGAAUUCCCGGUAUUCCUCAGCAAUCAAUUAGCCUCCAGUUUAUACUUAUUACAAUACCCUAUGCGGAAUACACCUUUUGGACCUCGUCAAGGCCCUGAAAAGGCAAGGAUCAAGCCGAAAGCAAAGAUGAUACAGUUAGAUCUACCUUUGGAUACCCGAUCAAGGUAUUACAACACAGAACGCGGUGAAGACUUUGCUAUGGGGAUGCAUGACAAGGCUAUCAAGACAGCUUAUGACCGACGUAUGGAAGAACACGAAGAAGAACAACGAUUUGGUGCAAGAAAUAAAAAGCAAGAAGACGAACUUUUAGAUAGAAUGACGCUGACUUCUACUGAAGUACCCACUCAAACAAAAUACCUUGUGGGUGUGAUGCACAAUGGUGAAUUACAUGUAACGCCUCUCAGUACAGUGAUUCAAAUGAGACCUGGGUUUAAUUAUUUGGAUAAGAUCGAUGAUAAAUGGAAGGCAGCCAACAAAAGGAUUCAAGAAGUAGAACGACAAGAAGAAAAGAAAAAAAUGGAAUCUCAAGCACAAACUGUGCAGGUAUCUAUGAAACAAAGUGAAAAUGAAGGAUUGACUCAAGAAGCAGAAUUAGAAUAUAGUCGAUUAUAUGCUAGUCAAACUAUAGAAUUGAAAAGCUCCAUGACUCAAUCUGAAUUCCUUGAUCAACUUAGUACUAUGAAAUAA